AUGGUGGCACCGCAUGCAACCGCACCUGGCGUAAGCCGACCGAUCUCUUGCCACCACGUUCUGGGCCUUGACUCAUUGACCCUUCCUGUGUUCAGACCUCCUGGUCUACCUUCCAACAACAUUGUUGAGUCUCUCGGCCGCGACCCCGUGCAACUUGCAUCUUCAUCCAUCCUCAGAAACCAAGAAUCAUCCGUCCGUCAAAGCUGGAUGACGAUGAGUAUACAUCCAGACCUCUCGGUCGGCGCCACAGCGACCGAAACCGAGCCUCCGACCCUCAAGAAAACACAAUCGCAUGAUACGCCCGGCCAUCUCGAGUCUCGCGCACCGUCGGUUGAGAAACAAGACGAAAAGUCCAUCAGCAACGACAUCCUAGUCCUACCCGAUACGUCUCUGGCUCUCGGCGGCGAGAAACAUGCUGUCGAUGUCGCCGAGACCGAGUAUCCCGGUGGCUUCAAGCUUCUUUCCAUCAUUCUUGCGCUUGUUAUGGGCAUUUUCCUCGCUUCUCUGGAUAUGACUAUCGUCGCCACCGCUAUCCCGAAAAUCACCGAUGAGUUCCACGGCCUGGAGAAGGUGUCGUGGUAUAGCGCCGCCUUUUUCAUGACCAACGGGGGCUUCCAGUCUUCGUGGGGUAAAGCUUACCGCUACUUUCCCUUGAAGUUUACCUUCCUGAUGGCCAUUGCCGUGUUCGAACUCGGGAGCCUGAUCUGCGCUGUCGCCCCAAACUCUACCGCCUUGAUUGUUGGCCGCGCCAUCAACGGCCUGGGCGCUGCAGGCAUUGGCACCGGCGCUUACACCAUCAUCGCCUUUGUCGCCAAGCCCAGCAAGCGCGCUACUUACACUGGUUUCGUCGGCAUGUCGUUCGGCGUCGCCUGCGUUGUGGGCCCCCUCAUUGGCGGCGUCUUCGCUGACAAGGUGACCUGGCGCUGGUGCUUUUGGAUCAAUCUUCCGAUCGGGGGCCUGUCCGCCCUCAUAAUCUUCUUCUUUUUCCAACCGCCCAGCGCCGCAAAACCGGUUCACGCCCCGUGGAGGGAGAGGCUUUUGCAGAUGGACCCAGUCGGCGUGGCCCUGGUUAUGGGUGCCAUUGUCGCCUUUAUGCUGGCCCUGCAGUAUGGUGGCCAAACUGCGCCGUGGAAUAGCAGCGUCGUCAUUGGUCUACUCGUUGGUUUCCUGCUGAUAACAGUGGCGUUUAUCGUUUGGGAACUCUUCCAGGGCGAGCGGGCUCUCGUCGUUCCUCGGCUAUUCAAACAACGGGCCAUCUGCAUUAGCUGCUUCUUUGCCUCCAUCUUCGUCGGGUCCUACUAUCUCGUCAUCUACUACAUCCCAAUCUACUUCCAGAGCGUUGGAAACGCUAGCCCGACCAUGUCCGGCGUCUACAACCUCCCCCUCAUCAUCGCCACCACGAUUUCUAUGAUCAUGUCCGGUAUGCUCAUCAGCGCCUCCGGCCUUGCGGUUCCCAUUCAAGUCGGUGGUGCCACCAUCGGUGUCAUUGCAGCAGGGCUCCUGUAUACACUUGACGUUGACACCGGCAUUGAAAAGUGGAUCGGAUACCAGCUACUUGGGGGUGUCGGCUGGGGCCUAGCAUUUCAAGUUCCCAUCAUCGUCGGGCAAGCCAACGCAGAUCCUGAGGAUAUCUCCUCUGUAACUGCUAUGAUCCUUUUUUUCCAAUGUAUCGGCGGUACCGCGUUUGUCACGGCAGCCCAGGCUGCUUUUGUCAAUCAGAUGAUCUACACGCUGCCUAACUCUGCUCCCGACGUCGACCCGGCCAGUGUGGUUACAACAGGAGCGACUUUGAUCUGGGCGGCUUUUCCUGCGGAUCAGGUUCACGGUAUCAUCGUUGCAUACAUGGCUGGUAUCAAGGUUGCACUCGGCAUCUCAAUUGGAGGUGCUGGACUGGGUCUAGCAAUCUGCCUCUGCAAGGCGGACCUCGGAAGGGAGAGCCGCGGAUUCGAGCUUUGGUCCGUAUACAACCCCCCCGCCGGCGAGAACGUACCGAGAGCCCUCCAAGGGCAGCCAAGGCCAAGCCACCCGGUGGUUUUGGCAGGAGACUUCAACCUAAAGAACCCACUGUGGGACGGGUUCGGACGCUACGACAGGAAAUCUGAAGACCUACUGCAGCUGGGUUCCCUGUGGGACCUCACCAUCAGGACUCCAAGGGGAGCGACAACGCGAGCUCCCCAGGGGCGACAGCGAGGCCGCCCGUCAACCAUCGACCACUUCUGGACUUCGGAAAACCUCCAAACAGUAUACUACGGGGAAGAGUGUCGUGGAAAGUCAGACCACUACCCACAAGUGCUCGAGGUCGGGGAAGGGCAUGGGCCGAGGCCAACCCAACCGGAUGGCUGGGCCUGGAAGAAGAUGGACAGGGAGAGGGUGAAGGCUGAAUCAGAGUUGCUAUGCAAGGUCAUGGGGCUCGCGGACCCGGGACCGGACGGACUACCGGCCAAAACCCGGACAGUCGAGGGUCUUGACAAAGCUUUCGAUAGUCUGGUCGAGUGGCUCACCUGGGUCGCGAAGGAAAGCACUCCACGGAAGAAGGCGAGCUGCGGCUACAGCUCCCCCUGGUGGACUGUGGAAGUGCAGCAGGCCGCCCGGGAGGCCAGAAGGGCCGAGAGGCUGGCGAAGGAGACCCGGGCAGAGUACUGCUGGGAGGAGCUUAGCGAAAGACUCAAGGACCUUGCUAGAACAACGCGCGAAGCGCGGACUAGGGCUUGGAGGAACAGCCUACAGGAAGCAAGCGAGGCAAAGAAGCCCGAUCAGAUGUGGAGCUUGGAAAGAUGGGCUAGGUUGCGGAGCUUUUUGCCGCCAGAACCACCGAGGCUGCCGGAAUUUAAGGACUCUUCCGGACAGGUAACGGCCGAAACGCACGACCAGAAGGCCAGCGCGCUGGCUGAGAGUGACGCCGAUCGAGAUCACGGAGGCGAUGGGAAGAGCAAGCCCCUGGAAGGCGCCAGGCUAGGAUUUGCUCCCCGAUGGGCCUUUCUGAAAGGCGUGCGGAGCACCGUUAGCCUGAAGUGCCCGGCCCUUUCUGGCGACAAAGUGCCUGGAGCUAGGAUGGUUCCCCGAGCCCGUUUCAAGAGAGCGAAGACUGUAGUACUACCGAAACCAGGAAAGGCUCCGCCGGCGUAUCAGACCCCGGGGGGAUACAGGCCCAUUGCUCUGUUGCCAACCCUGGGGAAGGUAAUAGAGUCAGUGGUCGCCAGGAAGGUCACUCAAGCUGCAGAAGUCAACGGCCUCCUACCAGAUGAACAAAUGGGGAACAGGGCACACCGCUCUACAGAGCUGGCUGUCCGGCUAGUAGUAGCUCAGGUCCAGGAGGCGUGGAGACAGAAGGGUGCGGCAUCCCUAUUGCAACUGGACAUCUCAGGAGCCUUUGACACGGUCAACCAUACCCGACUGCUAGCAACUUUGCGAGAAAUGGGCUUCCCGAGGUGGCUGGUCCUCUGGACGAGAGAUUGGUUGACCGGUCGAGAGGCCACCCUUCUUUUCGACGGCAAGACGGCGGCGCCGACGGCAAUUCGGGCAGGGGUCCCCCAAGGCUCACCCCUUUCCCCUGUUCUCUUCAUCCUCUACAUUUCCUCAUUAUACAGGCAGCUAAAAGACGAGCACCCUCACUUGGCUAUAACAGGGUUUGCGGAUGACACCAACCUUCUAGUAUUUGGUCGAAACCCCGAAGCCCAUGUCCGGCAACUAGAGGCGGCGUGGGAAACGUGUAUACGAUGGGCGGACAGUCGGGGGAUGAAGUUCGCCCCGGAAAAGAGCGAACUGAUCCAUUUCAACAAAGGGCGACGGCAGUGGACCGAACAAGUAAACCUUGCCAACCCAGGGGGAGGCACCAGCCCCGUUAAACCAGAAGGGUCUGCCAGGUUCCUGGGAGUCUGGUUGGACUGGAAACUCAACUGGAAGGCCCACCUGGUGGCGGUGGAGAAGAAGCUGAGGACCCAGAGCUAUGCCCUGUCGAGGAUCGUGGCAAAGACAUGGGGGAUGGGGCUAGCCAAAGCGCGAGAAGUGUACACAAAGUGCAUCCGGUCGGCGCUGGCCUAUGGCGCAUCAUCGUUUCACAUCCCCACGGAUGUGGGAGGCGAGCCGGCAAAGAAAGGCAUCACUAAGGCCCUCGGGAAGGCCCAGAACAAGAGCUUGCGGAUUGUGGCGGGUGCCUUUAAGUCUACCCCCAUCCGUAAUCUCGAGACAGAGACAUGGGUACCACCAUUGGACUUGUACCUAAACAAACGGCUUGCAGAUUUCGAAAACCGACUCCAACGACCCGAUCUGGACGACGGUCGAGGCGGCAAGAAGACGGCGGCGAGCGUUGUCCUCACCGCCUGCCGCAAGAUUCAGCAGAGACUCAGCUCGAGGAGGGGCAACAGGGGCCGACCGCGAACCUUGGGACCUCAAGGGCCUACGGCGGUGGAGAGAGCCGCGGGCACGGUCAUGCGCUGGACGGGGGGAGCCGUUGAUACGAACAGGGUAGUAGAAGAGGCUUGGAAAGCCAGGUGGUUAAAGGAACGGGACGGCAGGGCAAUCACCAGGCCGGCGGACGACUUUGACCAUCAGCAGGAGACGCUAUUCCGGAACGAAACCCUAAGGAGGCACGACGGUCUCAGCAAGGCAAAGAGCUCACUGCUGAUUCAAAUCCGGACGGGAGCAAUAGGCUUACGGGACUUUUUGUUUACACGGGGAGUCCCGGAGGUUCUGACUCCUGCCUGCGAGUGUGGCGAGGGACGAGAGACUGCCGAACACCUGGUAGUGUGGUGUUUGGCCCCACCGUUGACUAGAAGAUGGGAGAGAACUGGAAUUCGGACACGACGGGACUUUUACUCUGUUCUACACGGCAUCAAUCCCACGACUGCACGGCUCGCGAGGAGAGUUCUCGACUGGCUGAUGGACUCGGGGAAGCUGCCGAUGUACAACUUAGCCAGGAGGCUCGAGCUGGAAGCGGCGGCCUGA